AAAGUGCACACAUAGCUACGCGGAGCUAUUUAGUCUUAAAAAAUAUCUUGCUCUUAAAUCAUGUCUCUACAUAGCGCGCUGAUAAAACUGCAGGCCGCAGUGGCCUUGUCGGUCCUUCUUUGCGCCACUCCACUGCUGCUUCUGGCAGCUUUGGUGGCCAAAAUCUGUGAAAGUUUCUAUACAUUCUUUGUUCCGUCCAGAAAAAGUUUUAUAGGCGAGGUGGCUUUGGUAACUGGAGGUGCUCACGGACUUGGCCGUGCUAUCUCUCUUGAACUUGCUAAAAUGGGAUGUCACAUGGCCAUAGUUGAUAUUGAUUUACAAGGCGCCGAAGAAACUGUUAAACAAAUCAGUGAGACUUUUACAGUGCAAGCCAAGGCUUAUAAGGUGAAUGUGGCCAAUUACACCGAGGUUAAUGAGCUGAAAUCAAAUGUCGUCAACGAUCUUGGUCCAGUGACGAUUCUCGUUAACAAUGCAGGUAUUCUUUUGCUAAAUAAUUCUGUAGAGCCUGAGCCAAACGAUGUUCAGCGUAUGAUUGAUGUAAACUUAACAUCCCAUUUUUGGACUAAAAGUGUAUUUCUACCUACCAUGAAACAACUGCGCAAAGGGCACAUCGUCAGUAUAAGUUCUCUUAGUAGUAUAUUUUCCUUACCCUACAACAGUCCUUAUAGUGCCUCUAAGUCCGGGGUCUGCGGGCAUAUGAAGGCACUUCGCUUGGAGUUAGCUUUUGAAAGGCAGCACAACAUUCAUGUCUGCACGGUAAUGCCUUCGUUUCUCCAGACCAAUGACGAGAUCACAAAGAUUGCGAAAAAUGUACGCUUUAAUGAUUUCUAUCCAUUAAUCAGUGGACCUGCCGCUGCUCGUCGCAUUGUCCAAGGGAUGCUUCGUGGCGAGCGCGAAGUACUCCUUCCAGGAAUUGCUUCUAUAAUGUAUCGUGCUCUAGUUCUAUUACCGGUCAGCUGGCAGGAUAAUUUAUUUCUAUUGAUUGCUAAUAAGCAGAUUCACCAGUUUUAUAAGCUUCGAAACUGAACGCACCAAAAACAUAAUGUUUGGUGGCAGCUUACUUUCGUUAAGAAAUUAAAGAAAAACAAGUAAGAGGUUCUAGUCGGGAGCUCCCGACUAGGGGAUACCCUGAACCCU